CAGGUUUUGAGCAAAACUUCAAUAAAUCUUCCGAAGUGAAUAAAAUUGUUCUGUCUUUUGCAUGCCAUAUAUUAACUGGUUUGGAAUGGAAUAACAGGAAUCGAGGACCAGAGGACACGGGUUCAAGGUGAAGGGGAGAAAGAUUUAAUGGGAUUUGGAGGGGUAACUUUUUCCACGCAGAGUGGUGGGGUGUAAGGAACAAGCUGCCAGGGGAGGGAGUUGAUGCUGGGACUAUCUCAUUGUUUAAGAAGCAGUUGGACAGGAACAUGAACAGGUCAGGUUUGGAGGGUUAUGGACCAAGCACAGGCAGGUGGGACUGGGGUAGCUGGGACAUUGUUGGCCGGUGUGGGCGAGUUGGGCCGAAGGGCCUGUUUCCACACUAUUAUUCUGGCUAACAGUUAUAGUUCAGUCUGAAGAAGGGUUUCGGCCCGAAAUGUCGCCUAUUUCCUUCGCUCCAUAGAUGCUGCUGCACCCGCUGAUUUUCUCCAGCAAUUUUGUGUACCUCAGUUAUAGUUCAAUGUUGGCUUUGUGUGGAUAUAAUUGCAGAUGCUCCAUGUAUUUGGCUGUCCUUGGCAGCAGUUUUCAUAGAAAUGAGGAUUUGUCAUUCUUCAAGUCUGAAGAAGGGUACCCGACUCAAUGUCACCUAUCAGUGUUGUCUAGGAAAAGUAACCCACAGAGUUACUCCAGAGUUUUGUCCUUUCUUGCCAAUUGACUGUUUUGGAAGGAUGACAAAUCUAUGAAAACUGCUGCCAAGGACAGCCAAAUACAUGGAGAAUCUGCAAUUAUAUUGUUUAGCUGGUUGUUUUUGUUACUAUUAUUUGAUUGAGAUCAAAUGCCUAUCUUUGACAGUCCCUGCAGAUGGAAAGUACAUUUUUUGAUUGAUACAGUUUAGCUGGUUCAAGAUUUUAUAACCUUUAAAUUGUGCAAAUUACAAAAGAAAACUAAAAUGGAUAAACUGCCUUUCUGUCAAGUUCCAAUCUAAGGAUAAUGAUGCAAAUUUUUAAAGACAAAUUUCUGGAAAUUUUGUAUAUAUCAACUGUCUAAGGAGAACAGCAACACCGUUUUAAUGUAUUAAACUGCCAUCACAACUGAAUGGCUAAUUUCAUAAUUGUAUCUUGGGUGUCCAUAUAAUAACCAUAUAACCAUAUAACAAUUACAGCACGGAAACAGGCCAUCUCGACCCUUCUAGUCCGUGCCAAACACAUAAUCUACCCUAGUCCCAUAUACCUGCGCUCAGACCAUAACCCUCCAUUCCCUUCCCAUCCAUAUAACUAUCCAAUUUAUUUUUAAAUGAUAAAAACGAACCUGCCUCCACCACCUUCACUGGAAGCUCAUUCCACACAGCUACCACUCUCUGAGUAAAGAAGUUCCCCCUCAUGUUACCCCUAAACUUCAGUCCCUUAAUUCUCAUGUCAUGUCCCCUUGUUUGAAUCUUCCCUACUCUCAGUGGGAAAAACUUUUCCACGUCAACUCUGUCUAUCCCUCUCAUCAUUUUAAAAACCUCUAUCAAGUCCCCCCUUAACCUUCUGCGCUCCAAAGAAUAAAGCCCUAACUUGUUCAACCUUUCUCUGUAACUUAGUUGCUGAAACCCAGGCAACAUUCUAGUAAAUCUCCUCUAUACUCUCUCUAUUUUGUUGACAUCCUUCCUAUAAUUAGGCGACCAAAAUUGUACACCAUACUCCAGAAUUGGCCUCACCAAUGCCUUGUACAAUUUUAACAUUACAUCCCAACUUCUAUACUCAAUGCUCUGAUUUAUAAAGGCCAGCACACCAAAAGCUUUCUUUACCACCCUAUCUACAUGAGAUUCCACUUUCAGGGAACUGUGCACAGUUAUUCCCAGAUCCCUCUGUUCACCUACAUUCUUCAAUUCCCUACCAUUUACCAUGUACGUCCUAUUUUGAUUUGUCCUGCCAAGAUGUAGCACCUCACACUUAUCAGCAUUAAACUCCAUCUGCCAUCUUUCAGCCCACUCUUCCAACUGGCAUAAAUCUCUCUGUAGACUUUGAAACUCUACUUCAUUACCCGCAACCCCACCUAUCUUAGUAUCAUCUGCAUACUUACUAAUGAUGUCAAUGACAGAAAACCUCGGUCACUAUCUUGCUGCAUUGUACUAUUGUAGCUGUUACACACAUGAUGCCACCUGAAUGGUUAGGAAUGGGAUGGUUUGGGUCAAAAUUGGUUAUUUCACUGUUAGAGCAGCAUGUGGACAACAUCUAGAUUUGGAGUGUCUCGUGGCCAAAACCAGAUGCAGCAUUUGUACUUUUAUUUAUCAAACUUUAAUGAAGUGUAUUUAAAGUUUGACAAAGACACAGCAUGGAACCUGGCCAUUUUACCAACAAGCGUCCACGCUGAUUACUUGUUCUCGAGUUUUGCAUCCACAUACUGUACACUGGGGCCGAUCAAGAGGUCAAUUAGCUUGUAAUAGAACCAUAGAAAAUAGGUGCAGGAGGAGGCCAUUCGGCCCUUCGAGCCUGCACUGCCAUUCAAUAUGAUCAUGGCUGAUCAUCCAACUCAGUAUCCUGUACCUGCCUUCUCUCCAUACCCCCUGAUCCCUUUAGCCACAAGGGCCACAUCUAACUGCAGUAGAACCUCCCUGCUCCUAUACUCAAAUCCUUUUGCUAUGAAUCUUUACUUCGGAAUGUUACAAUUUAGUUUGAAGUAUGAAAAGUGUGUUACGUGCUAUCGAGUCAGCGGAAAGAUAAUACAUGAUUACGAUCGAGCCAUUUGCAGUGUCCAGUUGCAUGGUAAGGGAAUAAUGUUUAGUGCAAGGUAAAGCUAGUAAAGUCCGAUCAAGGAUAGUCCGAGGAUCACCAAUGGUAGAACAAAGCGAAUCCCCUUUCAUACUACACUUAUAUUUCUUUCAGUUUUUAGAUGUUGUUUUAAGGAACGACCUACUUUGUUAUUUUGCAACGCCAUUUCCUUCAUUAACCCCGUUUCGUUAAAAGGAGGUCCCUUUAAGAAUAAUUAACGCGACCUGAAACAGGUGUGACAAACUCCCAUUUUAAAAGGAAAAUGUGUGACGUUUACUGAAACAUUUUGUCUGUUACAUAGACAAAGUUGGUGUGACCGUGUUUGGAACCUCUCUGCCUAAUAGGUUGGGACGAAUUGUGUUUGGGUAGUGGUCUGCGCAGAAAGUCGAGGAAAAGUUGGACCGUUUUUCCCCCAACAGACCUAACCUUGAAACAGCAAUUGGCUUAAAGUUUAAACACUACCGAGUUUGGUUUUGACCAUUUUGUUUAUGGUUGUGAUGAACGUUCUACACUCGUUUCCUAACUUUAUUUUAUGUUUUUAAACGAAAUUAAAAGUUCUCUGCUAUUUUUAGCGAUUAAAUCCGAGAGUUUAGCAAAUUCCCGAUGUCCCAUUAAUCUGUGUCCGAUAUAAGUGAAAUCUUAUUUAUUGACCAUUGAUGAUCCUUUUAACGCAUUGGUAAGUUUUUAUAGUGAGUAUCAUCCCAUGCCACUUAGUGUUAAAUGAUGUAGCUUUAUUUUAAUGUUCGCGUCUAUAAUGAUUGUGUUCUAAGUUUAUGUUCUGCAGCACGUUUCAGUCUAAACUUCAAAUCGCGUACAACGUUCUCCCCAAACAUGGGUGUUGUGGACGCGUAGGGUUCUAGGGAAACCGUGCCCUUCCUCGGACUCUGGACGUGCUAGUUUAAAGAUGAAUGAAGAGAGUCUGAAGGGUUGAAACUCGAAACGUCGCCUAUCCAUUACCUCCACAGAUGCUGCCUGACUCGCUGAGUUGCUCCAGCACUUUGUGUUUUUGUUCAAAAUUCCAAUCACGGCGAAUAAGUAACUUUCAUUUCCUAUCGGUAUAUUGCAGCAAUCAUGACUUCCCCGUCCGAAUUUUCCACAUUCCAUGAAGCACAAACCCCGGAGCAACGUUUGUUGGGUCGAUUGGACGAAGCAACUACCCAACGAAGUCUUAAGGUUGGUCCAUCGUGCAUUUGGUCUAGGUUAUUGCUCCUGGUUAGUGUGCCACCCCAACUAUACGAAUUAUUGUUCUGCUUAUUCCAAACAGGACGACAGUCGUGUGAAACCAUCUGCGACCGAGAAUCAACGGCUUAAAGUGUAUUUGAGAGUGAGACCAUUUUUAAAAGCGGAAUUGGCAAACACCGAAUCCCUGAGCUGUGUGGCAAUAAAAGAUUCAGAAACUAUUGUGUUGGCAGCGCCUAAACAUUCAAAGACUCUGAAAAAUAGUGGCAGGGGAAUUGGUCAAGCUGUACACAAGUUUACCUUUUCUCAGAUAUUUGGACAGAAAACCAGUCAGACAGAAGUCUUCAAUGGCACAGUAAAGGAUCUAGUUAAACAAUAUCUCCAAGGGCAGAACAGUUUGGUGUUUACUUAUGGAGUUACCAAUGCUGGGAAGACCUACACUAUUCAAGGUACUGGUAAAGAUGGAGGUAUUUUACCAAGAUCAUUGGACAUGCUAUUUGAUCACAUAAAAGGCAGACAAUAUCAAGGUAUGGAUUUAAAGCCACAUGUUGGUGACGUGGUGUUAAAACUGGACAAUAAUCAAACCCGGCAAGAAGAGGCUAUUAAGUCAGCAAUCUUUUCCUCACAGAGAGAGGAGAUGGAAUGUCGGCCCUUGAGGAUGAUAUGCAAUAAGAGCAGCCAAAAAGAUUUGGCGCAGGCAAGCUCCACUCUGGCAGACCACAUGACCUUUGAUGAAAUAGCUAAGAAUCCGGAAGAAAUUACAGCAGCAUCUGAUGCAAGCCUCUGUGAUCAAAACCCGCGACGAUACUCAGUAUGGGUUUCAUUUUGUGAGAUAUAUAAUGAAUAUGUGUAUGACCUAUUGGAUCCAAUACCAACUUUAAGAAGCCAGAAGCGUCAAAAUCUACGAGUCUGCGAAGAUCAAAGAGGAAGUAGUUAUGUUAAAGAUCUGAAAUGGAUCAACAUUACUAGCUCAGAUGAAGCUUUUAAAGUCUUGAAGAUAGGCAACAAAAAUCGAAGCUUCGCAUCCACCAAAAUGAACCACCAGUCUAGCCGAAGUCACAGCAUAUUCUCCAUUCGACUUUUGGAAAUAAUCGGGGACAGGCCCUGCUUCAUCAGGACAUCUGACCUAAACCUGUGUGAUUUGGCUGGGUCAGAGCGCAGCAGCAAAGCACAAACCUUUGGAGAUCGACUGAAGGAGGCAGGAAACAUAAAUACUUCUCUCCUUAUCCUUGGCAAAUGCAUUUCUGCACUAAGGCAGAAGCAACAGAAUAAACUAAAGUCAAUUAUUGUCCCUUUUCGAGAGAGCAAGUUGACUCGUCUUUUUCAGUCUUUCUUUUGUGGCAAAGGCAAAGCUUGUAUGAUUAUUAAUAUAAGCCAGUGUGCCUCCAUGUAUGAUGAGAAUCUGCAUGUAAUGAAGUUUUCAGCAAUCGCUAAGCAGAUAAUUCAGAUUAUUCACCCCAAAAUAAAACUGCAACUAGCUGAGCGAAUGGGUGGGGGUGAUGGCAGUAUGAUGGUAUGCACUGAUCUUGAAGAGUCUCUGUCUGUUGAAAAUUGUUAUUCUGAAGAUCUAAUUAAAGGUGACGAGGAGGAGCAGGAAAAUGAAGAACUGGACCUCACCACCUUUGCUCAUGAAGUAUACACCCACCAUCCUUUGUGUGAAAAAGUUACCCCUCGGAUUCCUAUUAAAUCUUUUCCCUUUCACAUUUUGUCCUCCUGGUCCUCGAUUCAUCCACUGGGAAAGAAAUUCUGUGCAUCUACCCAAUCUCUUCCUCGCAUGAUUUUAAACACUUUCUUUUAUGUUCUCUCUCAGGAAUUAUUGAAUAUGAUUGAAAACCUCAGACACAAACUGAUAGCUGAAAGACAGCAGAAAUUUGUUUUGGAAAUGACGGUUCGUGAAGAAAUGGGAGAAGCAAUGUUUCAGCAACUACUCCGUACUGAAGAGGUUUGGAGUGAGCGAUUUGAAGAGCUAAAGGAUGUCUAUGAAGAACAAUUGGACAGUAAACUUCACAUGUAUAAGGAAUCUAUCAGGCGGCAUGCGUAUAAAUGGGCUUUGGAAGAAGUUAAAGAUAAAUAUAUUUCAAAAGAAGAGUUUGCUGCUGAGCAACAUAAGGCAGAGGUAAUGAUUAAGGUGAGAUAUGUGAUGCUUUUUCCAUCAACAGUGUAGUGAAAGCCAGUGAAUAGUUGGACAAGGUGAAUUGUCUGCCAGUUUUGAUAAUUUUGGGAUGCAAGGGGAUAGUUUAAUUUCAGCAGUUUAUUUUGGAUUAGAUUGUGCAAAACCCUUUCUGAAAGGCUACAUUUACCUGUCCCAGUAACUCUGAUUUCUACUUUACACCUACUAAUUGGAAGCCAAGAUAAAGCACUACCUUGUAUCUUCAUGGAAUUUUUAGUCUGACCAAACCCUUAACAUUGCAUUAUUUAUGAUCCAUAAUUCUUCUGUUCCGCUGCUGCUUUGAAUUAUGCCACAAUGACGGCUUGGAUAGUGUUAUAGUCAUAG